GGCGCUCUGCCAUCACGUGUUGGUGAAAAGCUAACAUCUCAGUUGUCCGAAAACAAGAACAUGUCACGUUCUAUCAAGUGUAGUGUGUUUUUCUUGGUGCUUGGAUCCGUUCUGAUCAUUUUGGGAUGUGUUCUUAUCCCCGUGUUCCAUAAUAUGAUCCACGACGAGAUAAAGACGCAAAUACCACUGAAAGUUGGAUCUAAAUCAUACAAUGCAUGGUUAGAUCCCCCAGUGCCCAUCUACUUCCAAGUGUGGGUGUUUGACCUUGUAAAUCCAUUAGAGGUCACCCAGCAAGGAGCAACACCAGCAGUAAUACAAAAAGGGCCGUAUUCAUACAGGGAACACAGACAAAAGGUCAACAUCACUUUUUUUGACAAUGGAACCGUGGCCUACAGAGAAAAACGCUCCUUCACCUUUGAUCGAGAGAUGUCGGUCGGGCCGGAGAAUGAUACUUUUACCACUGUCAACCUGCCUAUGAUUACUAUAGCUGAGUUGAUACGGUUUGAGUAUGGCUGGCUACAGGAGUUUGUGGAUGCGUUACUGGAGGCUGCCGGUGAUGCAGAACUGUUCCUGGAAUUGUCCAUCGCAGACAUACUGUGGGGAUAUGAAGAUGCUCUGCUGAAAACUGUGAAAGGAAUAGCUGAAAAGUUUAAUCAUACCCUUCCUGAUGAAUUUGGUUUGUUCUACAAUACUAAUGGUUCAGAUGAUGGAGUAUACACAAUAUUCACUGGAUCAGAUGUUCAGGGGGUCGAAAAGUUCAACCUCAUCGACAAAUGGAACUCCAAAACGAGUCUGGGAUACUGGAAUACUGCCCUCUGUGACAUGAUCAAUGGAACAGAUGGAACAAUGUUUCCUCCUUUCAUUGAAAAGUCAGAAAAAUUGUUCAUCUUCUCCACAGAUAUUUGCAGGUCUAUCUAUGCUACUUAUGAAAGUGAGAUCAAACUGAAGGGAAUAGACCUGUACCACUUCACUGUGCCUCCCAGGGUAUUUGAAACAGCAUCUCUAAACGAGAACAAUGCUGGAUUCUGCUCCCCCGCUGGGAAUUGUCUUCCCUCUGGUGUACUUAACAUCAGUGUGUGCAAGUCAGGUGCCCCAGUGGUGAUUUCCAAUCCACACUUCCUUCAGGCAGAUAAGAAGGUCAUCGACGGUGUGAUUGGGAUGCACCCAAACAAAGAGGAACAUCAGACUGUCCUGGACGUCGACCCAUUGACCGGAGUUGUCAUGAAUGCACAGAAAAAACUUCAGCUUAAUGCAUAUUUACAAAAAGUGAAUAAUUUCAAAUCUACAGAAAAUAUAAAGGAUGUUUUCUUCCCGAUCAUGUGGCUUAAUGAAAGUGCCUUGAUAGAUGACAAGUCAGCCAAUGAGUACAAGUCAAGUCUGAUGACACCAAUAAAGAUCACACAGGCAGUGCAGUAUGGCCUCAUUGUAAUAGGAGCAUUCCUCUUCAUCUGUGCCCUGGCUUUCCUCAUCAAACACAAAAUGGCUCAUAAAAAAGCCGACGUACUUGUAGACAUUCCUAACGAGAGACUAACCAACGACCGCCUACCUACAGAAAGGACCAACCUCAUACAAUCAUAGAUAGAAGUUCUUAAACCCUGUUUCUGUAACACAGGCUGUCCUUCUACAGGGACCAAGCAUUAAGUGAAGAUGGGAAAUGGCCGUCCUCUUGUGGGUUAUUUAACCCCAUAUAAAGCAAUACAUUCCUCCUUAAUAUCAAAUAUAUAGAUAUCCAAUAACCAAAUAGUUAUCAAAAAUAAUAUUAAUUAUCGAUCAAAAUUAAUUCUUUGAUUUUUAACAAAAUUAUUUUGAAUGUAUACAAAUAAGAAGUGAGUACAGUAAAAGAUUUAGUUCUAGGAACACACCUAAUAUGGUAAAGUUGUUGUUAACAUGAGUUGUGUCCCUUUAUAAUUAAACAGGAAAUCAGAAGUGAGAUAAGAAUUUAUUAUACAUUAAAAUAAGAUGAAGGGACUAUGUUUUUAAAUAUGUUGCAGAUGACUGGAGAUGGACAUUUUUUCCAGUACAGUUAUAUCAGGGAAUUCAGAGGUGCUCAUAUUUACUAUGAUUCAUAUUAAUUUAAAAACCUGUAUUCUAUAUAAAUAUGUAUGUCAUGUUCUAUAUACAAUGUAUAGUAUGUUCUAUGGAGUUCUAUACAUGUCAUGUUCUAUAUAUGUCACACAAUGCCUUGUUUUUUAAAUUCUGCUUGUUGUUUCGAACUCAAUUUUAUAACACACUAUUUAAAGUCACUUCAUACAAAACCAAUACUGAUUUAAAUUGUGCUAUGUCCUAAUGCCAUAUGUUUUAUCACAAAUGAUUUACACAUUUGCUAGUCCAUUGUACUAUAUUUUGGAGUUACCAUAUUGGCCUUAAACAUUUUCCUAAAACUUAUAUAUGAGUGAGCAAAAUUUUACAGGAUUGUGUAUUCUGAUCUAAAUGUUACCAGUUGAUCAGUUUAAAAAAGUGUUUUUAUAAAUUAUAGUACAUUUUAGCUGGAGGUAGCACUAAUUGCCAAUAAUUUCUGUCAGAGGGUCAUUCUGAAGGAUUUGUGUAUCAUUAUGUAGGUGCAGCAGGGAAAGAUUAAUGAUAAUUUGUCACUGGUUAAAAUCAGGUGAAACAUGAGUACUGCUACAGCUUUAAUACUUUUAUGUACAUUAAUUACAUUCUAUUGAUAAUGUCUACUGUCGUUAAUUACAUUCUAUUGAUAAUGUCUCCUGUCGUUAAUUACAUUCUAUUGAUAAUGUCUCCUGUCGUUAAUUACAUUCUAUUGAUAAUGUCUCCUGUCGUUUAUUAAAUUCUAUUGAUGUCUCCUGUCAUUAAUGACAUCCUUUUCACUGAUGCCUUGGACAAUAGUACUGUGAUAUGUUGUGUACGUUAUCUGUGCAAUAUCAUUAAGAUUAUAUUUACUCGAGGAAUCUAUCCUGGCAGUAGUGACGUGAUGUUUCGAUGAUGUCACUGAAUUAUCUCCCUUUGUGUUGUUCAUAUUUUAUAUGCUAAAAUAAAUUGUAGUAUGGACACAUUGGAGUAGUAUAUUUUCAUAAUUAUGAUUUUGAAAUUUAUCUUAUGACCUUGUUAUGAAAGGGCAUUAAAAAUAGACGAGAUCUUCUUUUGUGGAACUGAGCAAUUUUACCCAAAGUGACAUCCCUUGGCUGUUUUCUCAUGAAUUAACAAAAUAUUUUUUCUUCAGAAUUUUAGUCCUUUUAAUAAGUAUAGAACUCCUGCAUCUGUUAAAGAGUUAUGCUGUGUCAUAAUACAUAAGCAAAUAUCUCAACCUAUUGAACUUUAAGUAAACACCUUAUAGAAUUCAUACAUGCACAAACAUGCAUUAAGAAAAAAAGAAAUGAAAGAGGAGGGAUUGAAAUCCAUUUCAAUUCUUUUGCGAUUUGAUUUAACUAAACAUUAUAUUAUUAUUAUUUCUAGAUGUUCAUUUUACCUUAAUUUCACAUUAAUUAAUUUCUUAAAGCAAAACAUAUCUCUGCAUUCACUUAAUUUCAUGAUUAUUUAUGUAAUACCUAUAUCUCUUAUUCUGUUUGAUGUUGAUAACAUGUUACCAUGGAGAUACAUAAUGUAGUCUAGGAUACAUUAUAUUUGCUGAUAUUGAUUUAUUUUAUGUCCUGAAAUUAUUUUUAAAGAAUUGCUAUAUAUAUUCUAUACUUUUAUGAUAAUAUUAAAUCUAGAUAUUUUCAAUAAUUCUGUCAUGCAUAAAAUCACUGUACCAAUGCAAAAAAAAACCAAAAAAACAAUCAGUUUGAUGCUAUUCCCCAGAGUUACGCCCCUUUCAUAAUUCAAUAAGCUUUCUCUCUGAAAUCAUUGCAAUGAACUUUGUGCCUCAUGCUGUUUUGCCCUUAAAAUUUAUUUUUCCAUUACAUUAAUAACUUUCUGAGAAGAUAUGCUUGUUUUAUGAUUUAUAUGUGGGAGUGGGGUAGUUAGGGGGAGGUUAAGUUUUCGGCUUAUAUGUUUAGUCGGAAAAUAAUUUCAAAAACUGGGUUUCAUACAAUGUUAUUUUUUCUUUGCAUUUGUGUUCUAAUUAAUAGCAUUUUGUUUAGCUGACCAGUUCAUCUCUGCUAGUCCAGAAAGCUUGAAUGGAUAUCAAUCUAAUUUGGUCAGCGGCAUCAUUUAGUGAGAGGAAUUCAUUUUGUACCAAUGGCAUCUGUCCAAUAGUAUUUCGAGUGUGUUGGUUAAAUAAUUAGAGACUGAAAAAUAAGAAUGAAAAUAUGUAAAAAAUGUAUUACACACAGAAAGGUUUAAUAUUGAUAUUUUCAAAAAAAUUGAUCGAUCUACAACUUUUCAUCAUCAAUAAGUUCAAAUUUACAGAUCAAAUAACCAUUUCUAUAUACAAGAUGUACGUAUAUAUUAAAUGUGUAUACAGAUAAUAACAGACAGGACUAGAUUGACAGUGUAAUUUAUUUAAUUAAUUGAGAUGUAGAUUAUGUUAGUGUAGUUUAUAUAUUUUCUAACAAUGUUAACCAUUUGUUAUGUACAGGUCACUAUGUAGUAUGAACACGUUGGUGUAGUAUAAUUCACUAUGAUUUAGAGAUGACUGACGGUCAUUGUAGUAUGAACACGUUGGUGUAGUAUAAUUCACUAUGAUUUAGAAUUGACUGAUGGUCAUUGUAGUAUGAACACGUUGGUGUAGUAUAAUUCACUAUGAUUUAGAAUUGACUGAUGGUCAUUGUAGUAUGAACACGUUGGUGUAGUAUAUUUAAUUAUGAUUUAGAAUUGACUGAUGGUCAUUGUAGUAUGAACACGUUGGUGUAGUAUAAUUUACUAUGAUUUAGAAUUGACUGAUGGUCAUUGUAGUAUGAACACGUUGGUGUAGUAUAUUUAAUUAUGAUUUAGAAUUGACUGAUGGUCAUUGUAGUAUGAACACGUUGGUGUAGUAUAAUUUACUAUGAUUUAGAGAUGACUGACGGUCAUUGUAGUAUGAACGCGUUGGUGUAGUAUAAUUCACUAUGAUUUAGAGAUGACUGACGGUCAUUGUAGUAUGAACACGUUGGUGUAGUAUAAUUAACUAUGAUUUAGAGAUGACUGAUUGUCAUGCUGAUGGUAUAAACACGUUGGUGUAGUAUAUUUAAUUAUGAUUUAGAGAUGACUGAUUGUCAUUGUAGUAUGAACACAUUGGUGCAGUAUAUUUAAGUAUGAUUUAGAGAUUCAUUUUGUUUAUGACCUUGUCAUGAAAAUAUUUUCUUGUAUAUAUAUGAUUAUUAUUUAAUUUGGAGUUUUAUUUACCACUCUAUCACAGCUAUCUGAAAGCAGUUCAAAAAUUAUUAUCCAUAGUUAUUGGGCCUUUAUCAUCCACUAUCUUUCCUAAUUCCCCGUGGAGCAUUCAGCCAGGGCUGCCAUUUCAGCAAUGUAACAGCUUAAACAUAACAAUUCUUGUACUUCCUACCACAUACCCAUUUACAGCCGAGCCAACUUAAACACGAUAUAUCUGGUGUUUUUUCAUAUAUCUAUUAGUGCCUUUCAUUACCUUGUCAGGGUGUGUGCACACUUUGCCAUGCUGUAGUGUUAUAGGGGACAAGCAAUUGUCACUACCUGAUUUCCCUGACAGAAGAAUAAGACAUCAUUAUGAAAAUGUCUUUAUGAUCUUCAAACAAGACCAAAAUCACCUGCUGCCUCUGGGAUGUACAAAAUAAAGCAAUGUUGAUUUAUUUGUUUCAUUUAUUUAUUUAAUUUUUUUUUUUUUCAAAUUUGAAUUUUGAUAUCAAGAUCUGUUUAUACCACCAUAGAUAGUCCAAUCUGUUUUUGAAAUCCAACUGUAGGAAGUUUACAAAAUCUUUUUUUAUUCUAGUCUCUUAAUUCGGAUUUAAAGAACAUGAAAAAAAUCAGAAUUUCUAAAACUGGACUCUAAAUACGGGUGCUCUCUUAUAGAGGUACGAUAAUUUCCUAAGAUAGCCCACACAAGCUGAAAUAAUGGUUUUAUAAUUUAAAGAGAUAGCCUGCUUCAGUGCAUUGCCUGCAGGUUGUCUGCUAUGUUAUAGGGUAUAAGUUUUCACUAUCAGGGGAAUCCCCUACUUUAUAACAUUUUUACCAGCGAAAUAUUGAAAAUUAUUCAUUCUAUAAAAAGUAAUAUAUUUCUACUAGUGAAAAAUAUCACUUUUUCUUAUAUAUUUUUUCUGAUUUGACCAAUCAAAACACUGCUUUCAAAUGACAAUGGGGAAACUUAAAAGCUGAUCUGGUAUAUUUUGUUAUUAAAAUUUAAUAAACAGAAUAUCUCAGAGUAUCUUCAGUAAUACCAAAUAUAUUUCACUUGUGUGGGUAGCUAUAUUGCCUUGACACGCAAACAUGUGAAACUUCUUUCUAGAUCUACUUAAUUGUGAGUUGUUUUUACUUAAUAAAGUGGCCCUGGUGGCCAAGUUGUUAAGGUGUUCCGACACUUUAUCACUAGCCCUCCAUCUCUGGGUUGCGAGUUCGAAACUAACGAGGGGCAGUUGCCUUGUACUGACCAUAGGUUGGUGGUUUUUCUCCGGGUACUCUGGCUUUCCUCCACCUCCAAAACCUGGCACAUUCUUAAAAUUUAAUGACCAUGGCUGUUAAUAGGAUGUUAAACAAAAAAUAAACCAGAAUGAUAUGUCCACAUACAUGUAAAUGUACGAUUGAUUUGGACGUGAACAGAAAUAUGCCGCCAUCUGAUAGUACACCAGGGAAACAGAAAAAGUUAACUUGAAUUUGAAGUAUCGUUUAGCUGUAGUUUUUAUGUUUUGUUUAGAAAACAUUUUGUCAGAUAGCCUGCUUCAUCAGAAAGCCAGCAGAAAGCUUUCUGUCUUUCAUUGUUUUGAAUUGUAUAGUCCGCGGGUAAUAUAUGGAAAUUAUGGAAGUCGCCCUAACUGGCUUGGAAGUAUUUGGUUUACUGAUGUACAAAAAAAAUGUUAACAUUUUCAUGGUUAAAUUGUAACCAUCAAUGUUUCAUUGUGGUAUUAUGGUGACCUUUCCAAGUUCAUAUCCAGCAAUACUUGUUUUAUGAAAUAGACAUAUGUGGUCAGUUGAUUAUAUAUAUAUAUAUAUAUAUAUAUGUAUAUUUUCACACUUUGUAUGUCAAUAUUCAAUAAUAUUUUUUCCUUUUUCACAAACUGACCUCUUUUGAAUGAUGUACUAUUAUUUACCUAGUGAGGGUAAAGUAUUUCAACUCUUUGUAAAACUGAAACAUCACUACAAAUUACAUCUAUGAAAAAAAUUAUUGGUCUGGUUUCAGUUAUUGUUGUAGGGGUUUCGGGUACGAGUCAAAUAACAGGUUUUGCUAAAUAAAAUGUCCAUAGUUCAUAUUAAAUAGGUCAUAACUUUGGGUAAAUGGAUCUGAUUUUUUACAGAUUAGUCAAUAUCUGUUAUAACAAACUCCAUUUUACAAGUACAAUGAUGAUAUCUAUAUUAUUGAUCUAGUAUGUGGUCAUGUGUAUUGCUUUAUCCUACAGUAUUAUUUUUUCCAGAUCAAACAAAGCUUUAUGAGAUGAAUUUUGUAUUGGGAUUCCUUAGGACACAUUUGUUGGUUCGACAUGUGUUAAAAAUAGAUAUGUAUUAAGUAAAGUCCCCUCACUUUUUGUGGCAUCUCCCAACAAAAAAAAACAAAAAAUUCUGUUUGUUUGAUGUUAUUGACUAGGACUUGAUAACAUGGGUUACCUGUCCAAUAAAGUUACCUGCCCAAUAAAAACUAGGAUUUAACCUAAGUUACAUGCCCAAUAAAAACAAGGACUUAACCUUAGUUACCUGCCCAAUAAAAACUAAGAUUUAACCUUAGUUACCUGCCCAAUAAAAACUAGGAUUUAACCUUAGUUACCUGCCCAAUAAAAACUAGGAUUUAACCUUAGUUACCUGCCCAAUAAAAACAAGGACUUAACCUUAGUUACCUGUCCAAUAAAGUUACCUGCCCAAUAAAAACAAGGAUUUGACCUUAUUUACCUGCCCAAUAAAAACUAGGAUUUAACCUUAGUUACCUGCCCAAUAAAAACAAGGACUUAACCUUAGUUAAGCAAGGAUUUGACCUUAGUUGCCUGCCCAAUAAAAACUAGGAUUUAACCUUAGUUACCUGCCCAAUAAAAACUAGGAUUUAACCUUAGUUACCUGCCCAAUAAAAACAAGGACUUAACCUUAGUUACCUAUCCAAUAAAGUUACCUGCCCAAUAAAAACUAGGAUUUAACCUUAGUUACCUGCCCAAUAAAAACAAGGACUUAACCUUAGUUACCUAUCCAAUAAAGUUACCUGCCCAAUAAAAACUAGGAUUUAACCUUAGUUACCUGCCCAAUAAAAACUAGGAUUUAACCUUAGUUACCUGUCCGAUAACGUUACCUGCCCAAUAAAAAACAAGGACUUAACCUUUGUUACCUGUCCAAUAAAACUUAUUACUUAAAGAAUUUUCGUUAUAAUGAAAGCAUUUAAUAUAAGCUAUGGAGGUUUUAACUGUGCUAAUUGUCGUUAGAGAAGAGAACUUUAUAUCUACCAUAUUGUAUAUAUACUGUGUUAAUACUCUUCUGCAACAUUGCUGGAAAUAAUUUCAUAAUAAGCAAACUCCAUAGCGAGGCUGCAACUUGAUUACAUAUUGUAUGUACAUGUAUUGCUUUGUUUUACACAUAACAGAAAGAUGUGGUGCAGCUUAUUUACUUUAAAUGAUGUCCACGGCCGUGUUAAGAUUGUUUAUGCAGAUACAUGAUAUAUGUAUUAGCUUGUUAACCCACCAUGACAUUCAACCAUUGAAGGCGGUCAAUAAACAUUAACAGUA